AUGACCACAUCCAACUGCGAAAGCAACGGCAACGGCACAGACUCUCAGACCAAUGGAGUAGAGCAGCCCGCGGCCCAGGACGGCCAGCAGGUCGACCAAGAGCAGGAACAAGCAGUCGAGAAUGUCUUCCAGCUCACCAUUCACCUACCGCACGCUCCUGGUCAAUGCCAAAUCAUGGUCAGCCACCUCGAGCAAGUCCAGGAUAUUCGCCAAUCCAUCAUCGACCUCCCUUUCACCUUCCAGUACACGUGCUUCCACCUCGAGCACAAGGGCAAGCGUAUCAAUGACUUUGUCGAGCUCUCCGAAGUCCCCGACAUCCAGCAAGAUCCAGAGCUCCAUCUCGUCGAGGAUCCCUACACCGAGACACAGGCCCGCAUGCACUUUGUGCGCAUCCGCGAGCUGAUCGGUGCCUCGGGCGAUCGUACCGACCUCCUGCACGGCAUUGAUGCUGGUCUCUCGCUACACGACCACAUCAUCAAGCCUACUCCUGCCGAUCAGCCCGAGGCUCCUGCUAGCGAGCACGCCAUGGUUGAUUACGACCUCGACGCCCGCGGUUCUGUCAAGACCCUCCUCUCGCCCUCGCCUGCGAACGCGCCCAAGACGGUCAAGUCCUUGUCCUUGUCUGCCUGGAAUCCUGCCCCUUACCAUCUCCGCCAAAAGGGCCACCUCAUGUACUUGCUCGUUACUACCCUAGAGGGCGAGCAGUUUCACAUCACCUCGCACGUCUCCGGUUUCUUCGUCAACAAGUCGACAAACAACAAGUUCGAUCCCUUCCCUCGCACCGCCCCAAAGCCUCACUCUGCGCACUCGCUCCUCACCCUCUUCGGCCAAGUCUCGCCCUCCUUCAACGAUGCCUUCCGCAGUCUGCAAGAAUACAACGGCCAGCGUGAUCCCCUGGCCGCUUUCCAGCUCGCCAAUGCUGUUCCCGCUAGCCCGUGGCUCGUCUCUCCUCACUCGGCUUCUCUAGCAAGCCAUGUUGCGGAUGCUGCCCGUACUCAGGAAAGCUAUCUCCUUGCUGGUCCCGAGAAUGCCGAGACUCUCCGCGACUGGAACGAAGAAUUUCAAUCAACUCGCGAGCUUCCCAAGGAAAACGUCCAAGAUCGUGUCUUCAGAGAGAGACUUACCGCAAAGCUCUUUGCCGAGUACAACGAGGCUGCUGUUAGAGGCGCUGUUCUCGUUGCUCGCGGUGAGGUUGCUCCUCUCAACCCCACCGAGCCUCGCGACGCCCAAAUUUUUGUGUACAACAAUGUCUUCUAUUCUUUCGGUGCCGAUGGCGUAGGUACUUUUGCUGCCGAUGGUGGCGACGAGGCUGCUCGCGUCGCUACUGGCAAGGAUAUCAUGGGCGUCAAGGCUACUAACCAGCUCGACAUUUCUGGCAUCUUUACCCCUGGAACUGUUGUCGUCGACUACCUUGGCAAGCGUCUGGUGGGUCAGAGUAUCGUACCUGGUAUCUUCAAGCAGAGAGAGCCUGGUGAGCACCAGAUUGACUACGGCGGUGUUGAGGGAAGAGAUGUUAUUGCUGAGAAUGACGACUUCAAGCAGCCAUUCGCUGAGCUCAGCAAGGCCUUGCGCGUCAAGAGCCACCCCGUUUGGGAUAAGGAGAACAAGAGACAUGAUCUCGAAGCCAGUGUUGAGACCAAGGGCUUGCUCGGAACUGACGGCAGAAAGUACAUUCUCGACUUGUACCGCAUCACUCCCCUGGAUGUUGCUUGGCUCGAAAAGUAUCGCAAGGAGAACUCGAGCGACGAAGACAACUACCCUCACAGAAUGGCUGUCCUCCGCCCCGAGCUGGUUGAAUCAUACUGGAGGACCAAGCUGCGCGAGUAUGUUCAAGCUGAAGUUCAAAAGCGUCGCGAGGCCAAGAAGGAGGCUGCUCCUGAAGGUGAGACCGAAGGCGCUGAGAAGAAGGAGCCUGACCAAGAGCGUGUCGAUGUUUCUGGAUUCCAGUUCAGCCUCAACCCCGACGUCUUCUGCGGUCAGCGUCCUCAGACUGAGGAAGAAAAGGAGGAAUGGUCCAAGGAUGAGGUCGAGGUUCGCACAGCCUGCAAGUACCUUUCAGAAGACAUCAUCCCCAAGAUGAUUUCUGACUUGCAGGAUGGCGAUGUCGGCUUCCCAAUGGACGGUCAAUCGCUCACCAACCUGCUUCACAAGCGUGGUAUCAACAUGAGAUACCUCGGCGAAAUUGCUCGUCUUGCCGAUAAACCCGACCAACCUCGCCUGCAGGCACUCAAGCAGCUUGCAAUUCAGGAGAUGAUUGCCAGAGCAUUCAAGCACACUUCCAGCAAAUACCUCAGAUACCAGUCGCCACCCUUUGUUCAGGCUUGCAUUGCUCAUUUGCUCAACUGCCUGUUGGGCGCUGAGCUGAAUGCCAAGCCCACAGCAGAGACUGACGCAUCUCUCAAGUCUCUGUACCCUGAGGAGGACUUUUCCUUCGAGGCUGCCACACCCGAGUCCAUCAAGGCCGAUGUUAUCAGCGAGAUCCAAAAGCGCUACAGAUUCGACCUUGGCGAUGCUUGGGUGCAGCCUGGUAAGCAGGUCCAACUCCUCCGUGAGGUCUGUCUCAAGCAAGGUCUCCAGCUUCAGGCCAAGCAGUACGGUUUCACCAAGGAUGAUGCUCCUGCCCCGGCGCCCGUCCAGACACCCGCACCCGCGACCAACGGAACUUCUGGUGGAAAGAAGGGUAAGAAGAACAAGAACAAUGUUGAGCGCUCGCCAGCCCCUGCCGCCGCUGCCUCUGCUCCUGCCCAGACCUUCCACCCUGAUGAUGUACUCAACAUCGUUCCCAUCAUCAAGGAUGCAGCACCCCGUAGUGUCUUGGCUGAGGAAGCACUUGAGGCCGGCCGCAUCUCGCUCUCGCAGGACCAGAAGGAGCUCGGCCAGGAGCUGCUCCUUGAAUCCCUGUCUCUGCACGAGCAGAUCUACGGUAUCUUGCACCCAGAGGUCGCACGUGUUUACUAUGCCCUGUCAACCAUCUACUAUGGUCUGGAUGAGAAGACUGCCGCCGUUGAGCUCGCCCGCAAGGCCGCCAUUAUCUCUGAGCGCACUCUUGGUGUUGACCACUCCGAGACUGUCCUCAGCUACCUCAACUUGAGUCUGUUCGAGCACGCAAGUGGCAACACCAAGAAUGCUCUCGCAUACAUUCGUCAUGCUCUUGACUUGUGGAAGGUCGUCUACGGUACCAAGCACCCUGACUCCAUCACCACCAUUAACAAUGCUGCCGUCAUGUUGCAAAGCAUGAAGCAGUACCACGAGUCUCGUCUAUGGUUUGAAUCUUCUCUUGCCAUGUCCGAGGAGGUUUCUGGCAAGACAUCUGUCAGCACUGCUACUUUGCUCUUCCAGCUCGCCCAGGCAUUUGCUCUCGAUCGCGACUACAAGAGCGCUGUCAACCGCAUGCGCGAGGCCUUCAACAUCUUUAAGAACGAGUUGGGCCCCGAUGACCGUAACACCAAGGAGGCCGAGACAUGGCUCGAGCAACUUACUCAGAGUGCUGUUUCGCUCGCAAAGCAUGCCAAGGUACUCCAGGACAAGAAGAUCAUGUUGAGACCCAAGGCUCCCAUGGUCGGUAGAGGUGCUAGACCUCAGCCCUCGAUUGGUCAGAGCAUUGAGGAGGUCGCUGCUCCCAGAGCCGACGACGGCACAAACGACAACAGAAGCGUUGAUGAGCUGUUGAAGUACAUUAACGGUGACGGUAGCAAGACUACACCAAAGAAGAAGCAGACUAACCCCAAGAGAAGACAGGGAAGAUCCUAA